AUGGUGGCGCAAACGCUGAAUGGCAGUGCUGCUCCUGGAUCAAAGUCGCGCAUUCCUAAAAUGGUUGCUGAUACCUUAGGUUUUGGCCAGAAACAUGAUGCUACAGUGGAUAUACCAUUGGAUACGAUGAAUGAUCCUAAGAAAAAGGAGAAAGAACUUGCAGCUUGGGAUGCAGAUCUGAAAAGGAGGGAACGGGAGAUUAAACGUAGAGAAGAUGCUGUUGCCAGCGCUGGCGUCCCAUCAGAUGAUAAAAACUGGCCACCCGUUUUUCCUAUUAUUCAUCAUGAUAUAGCAAAUGAAAUACCACCCAACGCUCAGAGGUUGCAGUAUUUGGCUUUUGCAAGCUGGUUAGGUAUAGUUCUUUGCCUUACGUUUAAUUUUAUCGCGGUGACUGUUUGUUGGAUAAGGGGUGGUGGUGUCAAAAUCUUUUUUCUAGCCACAAUAUAUGCGCUAAUUGGAUGCCCCCUUUCAUAUGUUUUGUGGUACAGGCCACUUUAUCGUGCAAUGAGGACUGACAGUGCCUUGAAGUUUGGUUGGUUUUUCAUGGUCUACUUGCUUCACAUUGGUUUUUGCAUAUUUGCUGCUAUUGCCCCUCCAAUCGUCUUUCAUGGAAAGUCAUUAACUGGCAUCCUUGCAGCAAUUGAUGUCUUUUCUGACCAUGUUUUGGUGGGGAUUUUCUACCUGGUUGGGUUUGCCUUGUUUUGCUUGGAAGCACUUCUCAGCUUGUGGGUGCUUCAGAAAAUUUAUAUGUAUUUCCGAGGGCACGAGUGA